AUGGAAGAAAAGAAUUAUUGUUAUUUUUGUUUUGAAGUGGUUGCCGCUACAUUAGAGCAUAGAAAACCUCGCAACUAUUGGAACUGGAAAUCAUGGACCGACGAGGUUCCUCUUUUUGUAAAGUUCAUUUUCAAAGAACGUCUUCAAAAAAAAUUACGCGGAUGUAUUGGUACUUUCCAACCACGUCCAUUGAAUAUUAAUCUAAGAUAUUUGAGUCAGCAAGCCGCUUUUUCUGAUGACCGUUUUCAUCCCGUCACCUUGGCUGAAUUGCCUUUCUUGGAAUGUGGGAUUGACCUCUUGGUGAAUUUUGAGCCGAUUGAUGAUCCUCUUAACUGGAUUGUCGGUGUUCACGGCUUGUCAAUUGAGUUUUAUGUGGAUAAAAUAAGGUAUUCAGCUACCUAUUUACCCUCAGUUGCUGCAGAACAAGGCUGGACCCAAAAGGAGACAUUGCUAAGUUUGAUUCGCAAGUCUGGUUUUUAUGGUAAUCUUCGAAAUAUAAGCAUUCAAGCUACUCGAUAUCAAUCUACUCAAAUUGAAUGCUCUUAUGAAGAAUAUUUCAAAGCUACCAACAAACUCUGA